UUUCGUUCUUCUUUCAGUGUUUCUCAUGGGCUGUAAAAUGGAGCGGGUCUAUGUCGACUGCAGCUGUAGAAAAUACAACUUCAGUAACUUUCUGUAAAGUACCUUAGAUUAAGAAACUCAACAUGGUGCUGUUUUAUGUGUGAGGAGUUUGUUGUCUUGUAUCAAGUUGCAUUGCAUUGCCAGUGUAAGCGGAGACGCCGCAUAGAACAAGUCUGAUGGUCAAAUAACAUUAGCGACGACUUCUCAUGUAUAACCUAUGAAUUGUCACAGCAUGGCACACGAUGUUAAAACAGCAAUCCAGAGAGCGAAACAUAAAAUUUCGAGCUUGGAGAAUGAGCUGUGUGCCAAAAGGGAGAAUUGCUCAGAGGGUGAGGAGAAAAACCAUCAGAUGUCAUGGAAGCUCAAACAAGAGCUGAAGGAUUCACUUGUUGAUAUGUACAAAGCUAAUCCCAAAGUCAAUGAGGAACUGAAACAAAGGCUGCCGUCCCCUAUAAAGCGCCAUUGUUCAGAGACCACACCACAACCUGGGUUCUGUAGUCAGGGCUUCAGUCCAGAUAUCUCACAAGCUACGUUGGAGACAGUGGCCCCGGAGAAAAAGCUGAAAGGUAUUUUGUUUUCAAAAGGUCCUGACUCUCCCAGGGCUAGAGAAGACCCAGUGCGUAUACCUUCUCCACCACCGCCACCACCCCUACCAGCCACAGUUAGAAAUCUAGAGGAGGUGAUGCUGUCCCACCAGAGAGCCGACACACAGCACAGCCUGGACGGAGAGGAGACAGACAACAGGGCUGCCAGCAAAACACCCUGUGUUACACCUGAGUCAGCAGGAUCCAGAGGACUCACAGAUGAGGGCAAUGAGAAUUCCAAAGUUACUCAUGAAACCAAAAGGCAAGUCCCAUUCCUGGAUAAAGAGAAGAACAUUGCAUUCCUAUUGAAGGAGCUGGACUCGCUCAGAGAUCUCAAUAACAAGCUCCAGGACAAGCUUGCCCUGAAGGAGAAGGAGCUUGAGACUUUGCGAUUGGACAGCCAGCUUCAGGAAGAGAAACUUGGGGCCCAUGCAUGUGAGCGAGCUGCAGCAUUAGUGGAGGAGAUUUAUAAAGCUCAGAGGGAGAGGGACCAGGCUGUCAUGGCCAGACUGCGGCUAGCUAAUGAGGAGCGGGAUGAGGCUCUUCUCCGAGCCAAGAAGCUUCACGAGGCAGUACUUGAGUUGGAGAAUAUUAACCCAGAGGAAACUGACAUGGACCUGGAGGAGUUGCUCAACAGAGUGAGCAGUGCGGAUUCUGCUUUGAGCAUUGAGAAGAGUGGUAUGGCCAUCAUGGAGCGCAUUCAGAGGGCUAGGGAGCGCCGCUCUAAGAUUACCUCUGAGGAGAUGAAAGCUGUCAUAGAGGAGCGAGACAAUGCCUUAACCAAGUGUAAGCGCCUCGAGCAAGAGCUUCUUCACACCAGAGAGCUGCGCCAAACCAACAACACCUGUCACUUGAACAUGGCAUACAACCAGGAACGGGUGCGCAAGAUUCAGGUAGAGUUGGAGGCUGUGCAGCGAGAGAGGGAUAUGGCUGUGGAACUUGGGCACAAAAUGGAGGAGGAGCUCCAGGCCCUGCGCAGGUGCCACAGUGUACAGCAGAGCCAAACAGAGGAGUCUCCAUGCUCAUCCUCUCCCACAUGUGUUAAGGACAACAGCACAGCCCAAGGACAGAAUCUGCUGAAUCGUGUGCACCAGCUCACCUCAGAGCUACAGAACACUCAAACUCAACUCCAAGUGACACAGGAGUCUGAAAGAGAGGCCACUGAAAAAGUGCACAAGCUAGAACGGUUGGUAGACGUCCUGAGGAAGAAGGUGGGCACAGGCAGUGUCCGUACUGUGAUCUGACUGGCCGGUGGGUGAUUGGAGCAGACGGCCACAUCUGGUGACCAGGCUGCUGUGUUUAACUCUGAGCAAACAGCCGAAGCCCUUCCUGGGCAAACACGGACUGGAAGUGCUGCUUGCUCUCACCCCCAGCCCUUCACUCCCUUCUCAUAACCUUCAUACACUCUUUCUCACUGUUACAGUCUCUGAUUGAUGCUACUGUAACCAGCCAUUUUAUCCCAACUGUGUCUUUGAAGUGUGAUUUUUUUUAAAAAAAAUUUUUAUGCCUUGAUUUGAACAAUGUGUUCAGUGUCCAAGGAUCUGGCUACCCUAAUGAGGUCUUUUACUUCUGAAAUAUAAAAUGUUUAGCUGGCCUGUUUUGUGUAUUAAAUGGUUUACAGAGUAAUAUCAGAUGAACCAGGCAAGUGUUGGGUAUUUUUCAGCAAUAAAUAAAGGGACCUUGAUUUCA